AUGUCCAGUAACAAGUCAAAGGUUUGGAACAAACUGUCUGCUGAAGAGAAAGUCAGAUCUGCUAGUAAUUUGUUACACACAGUGGAUAAAGCUACAAUGACUCUUGUGGACGCCAUCGAUAAACCAGAUGUUAUCAAACGCUCUGAUGAAAACGUCGAAGCUGAACUUCGUGUUUUGAAUGUUAGUAAAAUUGCGGAACCAGAAGUAACUUAUAAACCAAGUUCAGGUGGAUCCUUUUCACUUCCCAGUGAAAACCUUAGACGCAUCAGCAAAGGCAAACUUGCUAAAGUCGUAUUUGUGACGUACCACAGUAUUGGCGAGCUGAUGCCAACAACGUCGACGCGGACGACGAAAGGAGAGAAAGAAGUUGUUAUUCAAAGUCAAAUUAUUAGUGCCACAAUUGCUGACUAUCAUGGUGAAGUCCUGCCCAAGCCAGUCAUUUUCUCCAUGAAACACACGAAGCCUCUGCCUCCCGGUGUUCAACCAUUAUGUUCAUUUUGGAAUAUGAGUGCCGACCCCUGGGUGUUUUCAUUCUUAGGCACAAUAAAGGAUGCUGAGUUGAUACUUCCAUCUCGUGUCGUUAGUUUAUCGCUUUCCCACCAAAACGCCCUAAGGAUCAUCACUUAUGUCGGAUGCGCCAUUUCACUUGUUUGUCUUUUCCUAAGCUGGAUUACAUUCAUGUUGGUCCCAUCGAUCCGUGGGGAGAGAAAUUCCAUUCACAAAAACCUUGUUUUUUGUUUGUUCGCGGCUGAACUUCUCUUUAUGGUCGGCAUUCACAGAACCGAUAAUAAGCUUCUAUGUUCGAUAUUUGCUGGCGUCCUGCAUUAUUUAUUCCUUGCCGCCUUCUCUUGGAUGUUGAUGGAAGCCGCCAAAAUUCUUAUCAUGAUUAUACAAGUCUUCAACUCCUCAAAAUCUAAAAUGAUUUACUUCUACAUCUUCGGAUACGGUUUCCCAGCGGUCAUUGUCGGAAUUUCUGCAGCUGUCAAUCUUGAAGGAUAUGGAACUGACAAACAUUGCUGGCUCUCAACUGAAAACUACUUCGUGUGGGCGUUCAACGGACCCGUCGCCUUUAUUUUGUUGGUUAAUGCAGUGGUGUUGACUUAUGCCCUUGUUACAAUCUACAAACACUCUGGCUAUGUGAUUCCAGAUGAUAUGGUGGGAACCGUCGCGGCCUGGGCUAAAGGCGCGCUCUCCCUGGAGGUCAUUCUUGGGGUUACUUGGCUUUUUGGUUUUUUCUUUGUCAGUCACUCCACUCUGAUUAUGGCUUACAUUUUUGCCAUCCUCAACACACUGCAAGGAUUCUUCAUCUACUGUUUUCAUUGUCUUGGUAACAAACAAGUCUGGAAAGAGUACAAGAAGCUGUUAGGCCUUAAAGAGAAAAGCGGCACGGCGUCCAGCACGAAAACCGCUUCUAUUAGUCGGAAACCAACGGACGCCGCUACCUACGAAAUGGCUGCUCCGAAUCACAAAAACUGA